AUGGCUACCGGACAAUACUAUUCAGUUACGUCGAAACCAGAUAUCUCACGUGAUAGCGCUAGCCAUCUACCACUGUCUUCUUCUGAAGAUGAUAAAUUGAUUUAUGGGCAUUAUUAUACUAGCCAGUUUAAAGAUGAUGCAUUACUUGAUCAAUAUGCUGAAUCUGUUGAUAGGUAUGGAUUUGAAGUUAAUAAAGGCAAGAAAAAAGAAUCAAAAUCAUUUGAUAAUAAAAGAAAAAAAGAAAAAGGAAAUUGA